CAGCUGCUGGGCAGAGCGCGCUUAGGCGCGGACAGCCGCCGCCGGGCUCCGCAAACCCAGCCGCGGCGAUGACGCCCCACCCGCAGCCUUCCCCUCUGCUCAUGUGUGCACUUUUCAUUCGCGGUCCACCAGUUUAUUUUUUCCUCUCACAGCUAGAAGAGCCCAAAACACACACGCACAUACACGCACAUACACACACACAGAGGCAGACUGGCGGCCGGGACAGCAGGGGCGGUUGGAGGGUUUUCUGUGUGCCGAAGCUGCGUGCAGAUGCCUGCCGGGAUUUCGUCCCCCUUCCCGGGUUUUUACUCUGGAGGUCGGAGUUUCACUUUGGCUGAAGAAUGCAAUGGAAGAUUUUGAAGGAUUUUUUUGCAGAAACGUUGAUCGCAGCGACAGUUUGUGCAGCCGGUUCGGUUUAUACCCAGGUGUUUAGCUCUGCAUGGGUCCUGUCAUGCCUCCCAGCAAGAAGCCGGAAUGUUCCGGCGUGGGCGUGGCCAGCGGGCUGAGCCCCCUGCGUGGGACUCGCUCGCUCACCAGGACCCCGCGGGAGGCCGAGGAGAUGGAACCAGGCUUGGCGGCUUCGCGCCCCGAGCGCCCCCACAUGGACGAUGAGGAGUUGACCAACUUAAACUGGCUGCACGAGAGCAAGAACCUCCUCAACAGCUUUGGUGACCCGGUGCUGCGUAGUGUGAGCCCACUGCAGGAGCUGGAGGACGACGGGCCACCCUCCCCCGUGCCCUGCGACCCGCCCCACGGUGCCAGGCACAGCCCCAACUGCAAACCGCCCUACUCCUUCAGCUGCCUCAUCUUCAUGGCCAUCGAGGACGCGCCCGCCAAGCGGCUCCCUGUCAAGGACAUCUACAGCUGGAUCCUGGAGCACUUCCCGUACUUCGCCAGCGCCCCCACAGGGUGGAAGAACUCUGUCCGCCACAACCUAUCCCUCAAUAAGUGUUUCAAGAAGGUGGACAAGGACCGAAGUCAGAGCUCAGUCACGGAAAAGGUCAUGCCUUCAUGGAGGGCUGUUCCUGUACCUUGGAGAGAUGUCCUUAACCUCGGCCGCUCCUGUUCAAAGCUUGGAUGUAUAAACGGCCACAGGAGAGUGUCUGGGUGUAAACCCACAAUGAUUUCCCUUGUCCCUCUUUCUCUCUCCAGCAUGUCCAGCCCUCCUCUUUGGCCAGGGAGUCCCUUCUUCAGAAAAAAUGGAGAAGUCCUCCUGCCAGUUCCUCAGGGAGUGAUCCAGAACGGAGCCCGGAUAGUGAGCCAGGGUCUGUUUCCCGGAAUCCGAUCCAUUCCCAUCAACCCCAUCGGGACCAGGACGGCCAUUGUGAGGUCGGUCCUGGAUGAUUGUCGCAAAUGCAGCGACAGCGAGCCUUCCUGUGACUCUCCACUGGUCAGCAGUGACCCCAAGGAGGACCACACCUACAGCAGCGCCAAAUCUUCCAACCCCCCGCAGGGGGGCAGCCCCUGUCCGCACGGCCAGGCGGGGGCGCCGCGGGGCGACACCGGCAGCGACGCGGACGACGUGGACAGCGGGCGGCUCAAGAAGGAGCCCGCGGAUCGACCGGCGGACGGAGCCGGCCUGGCCCAGCACAAGAAGCGGCAGCAGUGGACCCGAAUGAGAACGCGCUGCCCCAGCGAGUCACUGCCCCUGAAGAAGAGGCACACGGAGAAGCCGCCGGAGAGCGACGACGAGGAGAUGAAGGAGGCGGCCGGCUCGCUGCUGCACCUGGCCGGCGUGCGCGCCUGUCUCAACAACAUCACCAACCGAGCCGCCAAGGGCCAGAAGGAGACCCUGAAGAACUGACCUUUACCGCUGGCUUGUUUUUCAGGACAUCAGGUCAAUCCUAAUGAUUUGUGGCAAUAUCAAGAAUCACUUUGUUUUCCUAUCCUUUAGAUACUGUUUCUGAGGGUUUUUAGUUUAGUUUUGUUACUUUUUAAAGGAGAUUAAAGCCAUAUGAAAACCUUCACUGACGUUCAGCUGAUGUAGGACCACGUUUUUGUUGGCUGAAACAAAGGCACCGGAGAGAAAAUCAGCCACCCUCCCAGAUUUGAUUGGCACGGGUACAGGCGGGACAGGCAGUCCUGUCACCAGCUGUCACCACAGAAACCACUCCCAGGAUGCUUUGCAGCUGUGGGUGGCCUCUUGAAUGGCUGCUGUGGCUGGGAGACCAGCAUGCUCACGUAGGAGAGCGCCACCCUCCAGGCCUUAAUCCCUAAGCUCUGACCCAACAGCUGUGGUCACGCUCCCACAAUCCCGAGCGGUUACUGCUGUGGGGAUGGGAGCCUUUUGUAGCCCUGCUCUGCAACUGGUGACCUGGGGUCCAGUUCUUCUCCAUAAUUUCGUCCACUACAAAGGCUGGGCAUGGGGGGGGGAGGUCACUGUUAAAGCCAUUAGCUGUAGUUCCAGAUGAUUAUGUGGGGAAAAACAAACCAAAAUUAAACUCAUCGAAACGUCUUCAAAACUGCCUGUUUUUGCCGACCGAAUUGGUAAAUUAUAAUCAAGUGAUACAAAACGGGGACAUUUCCCUGUUUAUCUGCAGUUAAACUGCAGCCAGACUUAGAUGAGAGUAUUAAAAAUGUGCAGCAAAACCUGCCAAGUUUUAGCAACAAAAAUGUCAAAGUAACUGUGGAGUAACUUUUUUUCUUUUCUUUUCGGUUUGGUCUUGUUUUGCGUUUCCAGCCCUCAUGACGUAAUAAGCAAUUUCACGCAGUCAGGACAGUGCUGUAUAAAAGUUACACUAGACUUUCUCCCUUCCUAAUUUAAGCAAUGUAGCCAGCGGGAUUUUCCAAAUCGUGUUGCAUGGGUUCUGUAAACUAAAAGAAACUGUUUUUUAUUCAUGUAAGGUAAAUAAUGUAUUUAGCAUGAAGCAUGAAUUAUUUUCAUAUAAAUAUAGAUCCUAGAAAAAAAGGCUUUGCCUCUAAUUUUUAUGCCCAUAGGCCUAGAUGGUUUUGUUGUUUUGUGUUUUUUAUCGUUACUUUUUCCUCUCGUUGUUGUUUUGAAGCAGGCUUUUAAAGGUACACCUUCAGGGACAUUCGUUGACUGUUGGGAACCGUCUCUGCAAUAUGAAGACUUUAAAUUUCGACUAGGGCUGGGGAGGUUCACGAAACUGCCCCGUCUUGCUCGCUUUUCACCCUCCUCCGCCGUCCCGGGGGGGAGGGGGGGCGCUGUUUUCGGCCUGCGUGCGUGUGGAGUGUCCCCAUGGCCUGCCUGCACUCUGCUCAUGUCUCCAUGUCGAGGCGACAUCCGUGUUUCGUGGUCUUCCUGUUCCUCUCAUCCGUGCCACUUCAGACCAUGUGCGCCUGUAGCACUUCAGGUCCCAGUAUUACUUCCUGUCAGGUAGCAGCGCGUGACGCGAUUCUGCCGAGUGGCGUCUGGGCGACCCGUGGGCCGGAGCCCGCUGAAACGUGCGCUCCAUUUCCGUGUUUAAGGUGCAGUGCCAAAGCCUGUAAUCCUUGUCACGUUGUAGCAUCGGUGUCAUCCCUGUGAGGACACGUCCUGCUUUUCUCAUGAAAGCGUCAGAUUUUCCAAACCAGUAUCCGUCCCGUCUGUUGACGGUGUCCCACCUUUUGCGGAAGGUAGAGAAAGUGGUUGUGGGUUCCUCACCACCUUCUUGCUUCUUCUGCUAAAAACCCCUUGACUGUCAGAAGAUGCCCCCGGUGUUUUCUCGACCUUCUCGCGCUCUAAGAGUCGAACUCUGGUCCCGGGAGAGCAGGUGGGGCAAACUGGGGUCAAACUGGGCGUGCUGGAGGUAAAUGUCGGGUUCUGAUGCGGCGUUUGCUGUCAGGACGCUCCUCACAUACACACGCCUGACUGUAUGUAGCAGCCAUUACAUGUUUAUCCUGUUCACUGCCUUGUAUCAUGUUCCAACUCGCGAAACUCGUUUCUUCAUUCACGUGGUAGAAAACGGGUUCGAGUUUGAGAGACUAACUGUAUAUACUUGUUUUUUUUAAAGAGGCCAGUUUCUUUACUCACUCUCUUUUAAGAGGUAACUCGUUUAAGGGGUUUCAGAAAGGAGAAGGCAGUGGUUGGUUUUGCUUGGUUGUUCGUUAAUCAAACACGGUCUGGAGGCAUGUAGACGGCCUGCGUCUCACCUGCAUUCUAUAAUUCCUUGAUGUGUGACCAUAUUGCCAAAGACAAACCCUUUCAUCAGUUAAUGUAAAUAUAACUUUGUCCAUUACUAUGACAAAAAAAGAGUUCUUGUUUUUAUUUUUCUGAAACCUACCAUGAAGUUUCUGUGAUGUAUUGUCUUCCAGUUGCAAUAAAAAGACCAAGUUGCAGAAGUC